CACAACCAAGCUAUAAAUUCGACCACUCCCUGACUUCUCUCCUCUAUCGCAAUAAGCAAUUCUUAAGCAAUUUUCGUUAUCAUCGUCUCGCAGUUCCUGCAAUUCCUGUUCUUUAUACUUUUUAAUCAAAUUUUCUGAUUUUAACAGAUGCAGAUCUUCGUGAAAACUUUGACCGGUAAGACCAUCACCCUUGUGGUGGAGAGUUCUGAUACCAUUGAUAAUGUGAAAUCUAAGAUCCAAGACAAGGAAGGGAUCCCACCUGACCAGCAAAGGAUCAUCUUUGCUGGUAAGCAACUUGAGGAUGGUCGCACUCUUGCUGACUACAACAUUCAAAAGGAGUCUACCCUUCAUCUUGUGCUUCGUCUCAGGGGUGGCAUGCAAAUCUUUGUUAAGACCUUGACUGGGAAAACCAUCACUCUCGAGGUUGAAUCCUCAGAUACCAUUGAUAAUGUCAAGACCAAGAUCCAGGACAAAGAGGGUAUCCCUCCAGAUCAGCAGAGGCUGAUUUUUGCUGGCAAGCAACUUGAUGAUGGCAGAACCCUCGCUGAUUACAAUAUCCAGAAGGAGUCUACACUUCACUUGGUGCUUCGUUUGAGAGGUGGUGUAACAUCCCCGUCUCGAGUUGGUUCAAUUAACAUACAUAUGAUAAAACAGAAAACAGCGAAAGACUUAACUUACGAAAAUACGAGUUAACUUUUUCUUUUUCUACUUUAACUCUUACUCGGGGUAAACGAAAAUCGGGCAGAGUUUCCUCUAUAAAUCGGACAACUGAGGAUUUUCCAAUCCCACUCAGAAGCAUUUCCUGAUAAACAGUUUAUACAGCAUAGUAAUCCAGAAGUACCAGUCAUGCAGAUACCAUCAGAUACCCAUCCAUGGGUGCAUGCAAAAUAUGGCUCCGUGCCACUAUCCUAAUCAACAUGCAAUCCAAUACAAAAUCAUAAACUGAAUAAUACAUCAUCAUAUAACGUGCCUGAAUACCCAAAUGUACAUGCAUCCAAGUGACAGACAUGUACAAAACAUAUACAGGCCAUAUACAAAAUAAAGGAUCAAUAUCGUGAUCCAUCAAAUGCGGAAAUACUAAAAGACAUCAAACACUCCAAAAGGUAGUAGCCUACAGCCACUCAAAAUCCGAUCUGUCAACUGCCUCAGCCACGUGUCGUGUCCCUGCCUAGUGAGGACUCACCGGGAAUCUGGGCACCUGAAAAUAUGUCCCCAAAGAGGGGUGAGAUUACAAAUCUCAAUAAGCUCCAGGUUUAUAGAGAAUUCUCCAUACCCCUGGCUCACUCCUGCACGAAAGUCAAAUACAGAGUAUACGAAUACAACAUAUAACAGAUAUCAUAACAGAACAGAGGAUUUAUCCAUAUCAUAUCAGAGGUGUGCGUCGUCAUUCCCAAGGGAGGACCCCAAGCGGAAAUCAACGCACGUGUUCCCGAGGGAGGACCCCAAAGCGGAACCAGACAUAUCAGAGGCGUACACCAUCCGUCCCGUGGGAGGACCCCAAAGCGGACAUCCGGGUACUAUACAAUCAAUGGCCAGAGAUUGUUACAGAAAUCAUAUUACAGAAGUCAUAUCAGAGCAAAACAUAUCAUGUUAUCAAAUAACUCUAUAUGAAUGCAUCUAUACAAAGCAUCUAAAUCACAGUCAUACAGUCCAACCAUAGUUCACUAACCAUGGUGGAGCACUCAAGCAGGAAAAGACUCCUUAAACAUAGAGUUUACCUCUUGAAGCUUUACCAAUACGCUUACUUGUGGAACAAGUUACUUUUAUCGCUUCAAGAGAUUUCCGAUCCUUCUAAAUCCCUAGGCACACCUAGAGAAUAAUUUACAAUGCAUCAAUAAAAUGAUGCAAUACCAUGAUUAUUUCAUAAGCAUACAUUUUAUCGCUUAUUUUCCUUUCUUUAUAUUUUUGCCAAUUCUAUGCCAAUACACAAGUCUAGACCUCUAUACACCCGUUGGCGUUCUUUAAUUUAAUCAAGCAUUUACUUAAGAAUUUUUCACAUAAAUCAUGCUAUUUUUCUUUAAAAGUCGCGGCAUAUCCUUAGGGACUCAAGGUAUUUUUCAACCAUUUGUCAAAGCAUUUCACUUCUUAGCUCAUCCAUUGGUAUAUUAAAAUGCAACACAUUUUAUUAGAAUAAAAUGUAACCAAUAUAUAUAUACCCCUAAACAUCCUAUAGUUCGAACCAUAGAGCAAGUAUUUGUAGGAUUUUUUUCCAACUUUGACAUUUCCACCAAUUCAUCCAUUUACACUACAUUCCAACAUAUUUUAUCUUUUCAAACAUACAAUAAAAUUUUGCAUGAUGAACCCUACAUAACCCAUGAAGGCCGAAACCUAGGGGAAAGGUGCACAAGGGCUUUUCAAUUUUUUUAUCACAAGUUGAUGCUUACUAACACUAUCCUUCCUAACCAACAACAAUCCAUCAUAAUUUUCACCUACUUGCACACAUAAAACCCCUCUCAAAUACAUCAAUUAUAAUUUGCACAAUAACUCUUAUUACCCUAUCAAGGCCGAACAUAAGGAGGGAAAACAUAUGAUUUUUCUCUACUUUUAACAUGCAUUAAAAUGCUCCUUUUCAUUACUUACAUCCAAGGUACCAAGGAUUCAUCAACAAAUCAAUUUUUAACUCAUAAUACUCUCCCAUCAAAACAUAUCUAUCAAUUUGUAACUUAAAAUAAUCAAGACAACAUCAUGAGAAUAGAGGUUUGUUACCUCCAACAACUACCCCAAAGCCUAGAAGUCCUUUACCAAAAGGAUCUCCACCAAAAACUUCAUUUUUGCCCUCUUGAUGAAUAGUGCACGAAUUUGAAGGAGAGGAUAACUCUUCACACACUCAACAAAACCUCAAAUUGAUGGUUGGAAUGGGUUCAUUGGGUGUUUUACAAGCAAUUUCAUGUGGUGGGUCUUUGAAUUUGGAGUAGAAAUGAUGGAGAAUCAAGGAGAAGAAAUUCAAAACCCUACCCCCCUUCUCCAAUGGUGCAGCUCGGUUUUGAGAGGGUGAGAGGAGAGAGAAACUGAUUUGGGAUAAUGAGACUAAGUCACUUAUAAGGCUAGCACAUGUGGCCUUUUUUAAUAGAUAUUUUUCUAUCGCGUAUUUUAACUUAAAUUGACCCGGAACUAACUUAAAACUACGAACAUAUUUUUAUUUUUCUAAAAUCAUUUACAUUAAUUUUUAUUUGUUACAAAACAAUAUUCAUAAUUCACAGUAUGGUUUCUGCACCGUGUUUGACGAAAUGCACUGUGAAUCACUAACUGUACUUCGCUCACUUCUGAACUUAGAACUUAUAAACUUAUUAUUUUCUUGGGCUUAUAUUGACUUGCUUGGCAUAUAUUGGACUUUCUUAUUCUUAUUUCAUCAAGUAUUUAUUUCUGGACUCUACCGGUUGCUUAAACAGCAGUACAAAAUACCCGGUAGAAACACUAUUCACGAGAUUU